AUAAAAAAAAUAAUAAAGAAAAUCAUCUUAAUAACAUUAAAAUUUUUUAAUAUUGUCUUUCUAUCUAAAAACACCAAAUUUCUAGUUAAACCACUUUCAAUUUAUAACCAAGUAUCUACUUCUGAAAUAACAAAAUUAGUAAUAAAUGUUUUAAUAAAUUUGAUAGUUGUUACUUUUAACACGGUUUUAUUAAGUAAUAGUAAUAGUAAUAGUAAUAGUAAUAGUAAACUAUUCUUUAAAUAUAGAGUAAAAGCUAUUUUUUUAUAUUGCUCUUCAAUAUUUGAAAAUAGAAAACCUUCUAUUAAAAACUUCAAAGUUGGUAUUUUUUUAAUAAAAUUUAUAAUUAAAUUCUUAUUCUUUUGUUUCUCUCCUGUAGGUUCAAGCCUUUUACUUUGGGAUAUUUUUGAUUUUAGUUGUUCUCCUACUCUACCAGAUAAUUAUAACUCUUUUUUAAAGCCUAAAUUUAUGUCUAGCUUAAAAAUUAUUUUUAAUUAUUUAACAAAGAAAAGAAAAAAUAAUACACAAACUAAUGAAAACCCUCAAAACUAUGAAGAAGUAAAGAAUAAUAAUUUAUCUUCCAAUUCUUCUAGUAAUGCAGGGAAUAUAGAGGAACCUACUAAUUCUAUUAAGUCUUCUAAUUUAGAACAUCCUUUCUCUUCUCUCCUACGGCGAGAUCUCCCAAGAUCCGAAGAAGAUUUAAAUGAAUUAAAUUCUAAGACUCUUGCUACGUUCUUGAAGGAUGGGAAAGAAGAAGAAUUUGGAGAAGAUAGUCUCAGUGGUAGAACUUUAUCUUCUACUACUUCAGAAGUAAGAGAAGCUAUAAAAAGGAUUCAAGAAGAGAGUUUAUUUGAAGAGGAUAACUCUUUUUUCUUUGUACCUGAAGAAAAAGACCCAUUUGCAAAUUUCGAUUAUUCAGCUUCCAGUAAAGCAGGUCCAAGCCAUUUAGGUAAAGGGUGUAACCGUAAAGACCUAUUUGCUAAAGUAGUGAAGUUACCCACUAUUUUAGAGGAAAGUGACACAGAAAUUUAUUAA